AUGACACUGUCAGACCUCCCCAUGGAAUUGAUCCUGUUCAUCGUACUCUCCCUCUCUGAUGCCGAUUUCGCCAGCCUGAUAAGAGUGAAUCAUCGCUUUCAAGGCCUUCUCCCACAUCUCUACCAACGCCAUGUAGAAAACAAUACCCGUCAACACGGCUUCUUCCGAGCCAUCGCUCUCGGUAACAAAGCAGCUGUUGAUCAUUUUCUAUAUUACGGGGCAGAUGUCAAUGCGGCCAUCCGUGAACCCAAUUUGAAAAACACACCUAUUAAGCCGUGGUUUCCACUACAGACGCCCCUUUGCGUAGCUGCAAAUGCAGGAAAUGACAGUUUGGUAGCCCUGCUGCUGAGCCAUGGGGCUUCUGUCAAACCGACUACCAAAAAAGGCAUCACUUCAUGGCUCACAGCCAACCCUCCGGUAAUCGAUGCCCUCUUAUCGGGUCAUGAGAGCACGGUCCGCCUUUUGUUAAUUAACGGAUCUCCUUUCGGUUCACAUUCAUUGGGACUAUUUGAUUAUGCGUUAAUGAAGGGGCGGCUGUCUUUUCUCAAGCUGCUAGUUGAAUUUGGAUUCGACCUAAACAUCCAAAGUCCUGAAGGCAUUUUCCCCUUGCAGGCAGCUGUAGAAUCUGGGGCCUGCUCGACAGAGAUGGUGCGAUUUUUGCUGGAUAAUGGAGCAAGCAAGGAUUUGAUGGAUUGUGAUUACAGGUCAAAUAUCUUAGUACGAGCAAUCCAAGGGAGCACGACUGAUAAAUUGCGUCUGCUAUUGGAAUAUGGUGCGAAGAUUCCUCCAGAAACCCUCGAGAAAUCGGUUCUCAACUGCCAUCUUGAGACAGCACGUCUGUUACUCGACCACGGCUGCAGGCCCAAUUAUCUCACACUGAAGACGGUGGUGAAAAAUAAGCGUGGGGACCUCCUGCAGCUCUUGAUUGACAACUCCACGGAUUUGAAUAUGAAAGGUUCGGAGGGGUGGACCAUUCUUCACGAGGCUGUUCAACAAUGCCCAGAAAAUCCAGCUCCAACUCGAUUGUAUCGCAGGUCAGGGAAUAAUGGCGAUACAGACCCGAUGGAAAAUGAGCUGAUUCGUGAUGUGAUACGUGAUCCGCAGCCAAUUCGAGCUACUAGGUGUAAAAUUAAGAAAUUCGAUUUGAAGACAUGCGCUCCAGAGGAAAUCGUUCGCUGUCUGAUUCGUGGAGGAGCCAACAUCAAUGUCCUAGAUGCACAGGGGCGCACACCACUGAAUUUGGCAAAGUCAUACAGCCAGGAGGUACAGCAGAUACUUGUCGAUAGUGGGGGAAAGUGUGCUGUGGAUUUAUACACAUGA